AUGAAGCUCUUCUUCUUCAGCAAUAAAUUCCCUCCCGAUGAUCUUUUAGAUCUAUUCCGGCGCCUGCGUCUGCAGGCCAAAUCCCCUGGUCAUGUCCUUCUGCGCCGGUUACUAGAAGAAACCACAGUGGUAGUACGCGAAGAGAUUCGUCGACUCCCUGCCGGAUUGAGAAGCCUGAUUCCACCCUUUCAAUCUAUUCUAGAUCUUGCCGAGAGCUUUAAUUGGCAUAGGGGGCCUCUUUCAGGUACCUUUGAAUGUGUAUUUCUAUGUCUUGUGCCUUUGUGUCUUUUUGUUGGAGACUACGAGAUCCGGCCACAUGAGUUCUCUUUCCACAGGGGCAACUCGCUCUUCACUGGGCUGGGUCUGGGAUUCCUGGCCGCGACGGCGAUUGUUGCGUCCCCAUCCAUCCUUGAUGUGCCGGUGACAGCCGCGGAAGUCAUCCGUAUUGCAUUCAGGGUGGGACUGGUGUUAUACAGGAAAUCCCAAGAUCUUGAACCGCGGGCUGUUGACGCUCCGCUGGAGAGUUGGACUACGGUUGUCAGAGGACUGGAUGAAGAAACUGUCCGAGAAGAGCUGGAUAAGUUCAACACAUCCACGGAGACUCCAAGUCCAAGCUGCAUUUACAUCAGCGUAGUAGAGCCAGAUGGGAGUGUCUUUGUCAAUGGGCCGCCAUCGAAUCUACGUAAACUGUUUAGCACAUCUGAAAGGCUGGGUUCAGCGCCUCGCGCGCCAUUACCCGUCUAUGGAGGUCCCUGUCACGCAGCUCAUCUAUACAACCAUAGCCACAGCUCGUGGGUUGUCAAGGAAGUCCGGCCAGAUAUCGCUCUGCGUGAUUGUUCGGAUGCGGCAAACCUUCUAUCAAUGGCGGAUGGCAAGCCUCUAGCCUGCCAGACCGGAUUCGAUCUGUUCGAAUCCGCCGCCUAUAUUCUGCUCACGAGCAUUAUUCGCUGGGGGGAUGUCAGCGAAGCGAUUAAUGACGCCGCUGACUGGCCAAAUGCCAACACGCUUCAGCUUGAGGUCUUCAGGUCUUCCGCGGUGGUGGAUGGUUUAAUGUCUACUCUCCAGCUAGCUAACCCUGAUGCUACUCCGACUGUACAGGACCUGGUGCACUGGAUCUUUGACGGGAGUUGUCCACCCGCCAGUUCCCCGGAUGAAAAGAUUGCCGUCGUUGGCAUGUCCUGCCGACUGCCUGGCGGAGCGGAUGACUUGGAACGAUUCUGGGAGCUUCUCAAAGAAGGCCGGGAUGUUCAUGGUAAAAUCCCCGCUGACCGAUUUGAUGUCAAUACCCAUAUAGACGUUACGGGGAAACGCAUCAAUACCAGUCAGACUCCCUUCGGGUGCUUUAUAGACAACCCGGGACUCUUUGACGCAGGCUUCUUCGACAUGUCUCCUCGGGAGGCAGGCCAAACCGACCCAACACAUCGCCUGGCGCUGCUUACAGCGUAUGAAGCCCUCGAGCAGUCAGGGUAUGUUCCUGACCGCACUCGGUCAACAACACGGGCUACCGUGGGCACCAUCUACGGCCAAUGUUCCGAUGAUUACCGUGAAGCCAACGCAGGACAGGAUAUCGAUAUGUACUUUAUCCCGGGCAACUACCGGGCAUUUGCGCCAGGGCGCAUCAGUUACUUCUUUAAAUUUUCCGGCCCCAGCUUUAACUGCGACACCGCGUGCUCGGCCAGUUUAACUUCCGUCCAGAUUGCCUGUAGCGCGCUAUCGCGUGGAGAGGCGGACAUGGUCGUUGCCGGGGGCUUGAAUAUCAUAACCAGCUCGGAUAGCUUCUCGGGGCUGAGCCGUGCCUUCUUCUUGUCCAAAACCGGGGGCUGCAAGGUGUUUGACGAUGGCGCGGAUGGCUACUGCAGAGCGGAUGGAAUCGGGUCCAUUGUCUUAAAGCGACUCUCUGAUGCCCAGCAGGAUAAUGAUAAUAUCUUGGGGGUCAUCCUAGCCACAGCAACCAACCACUCUUCGGCUGCCAUUUCGAUCACGCAGCCGCAUGCGCCUACGCAGGAGGAGCUCUAUCGAAAUAUCUUAAGGCAGGCUGGCGUUAGUCCGCUCGAUGUUGACCUGGUUGAGAUGCACGGCACCGGCACCCAAGCCGGAGAUGCGGCGGAGAUUGAAUCCGUUACCAAGGUCUUCUGUCCCUCUGCUGCUCCUCGACGGACUCACCCAUUACAUAUCGGGUCCGUGAAGGCGAACUUGGGCCAUGGGGAGGCUGCCGCUGGGAUUACAGCGUUGAUCAAGGCACUUUUGAUAUUCCAGCACCAUGAAAUCCCCAAGCACAUUGGCAUCAAAACAACCUUGAAUUCCAAGUUUCCUGACCUUCAGCGAAUGAACAUAUGCAUCCCUCGGGAAGCUAUCCCUUGGUCGCCUAGUCCAGACCGCAAGCGAUAUAUCAUGGUCAACAACUUCAGCGCGGCAGGAGGAAACACCAGUCUCCUGUUAGAAGAGCCUCCCGUGAGACCCGAUCCACAGGGCUGCCCCCAGACCAGGUUUGUAGUGGCUGUGUCUGCCAAAAGUGUGAAAUCCCUGAAGGCCAACCUUGAGGCAUUGACUUCUCAUCUUGUUGCAAAUCCGACGCUUAACCUGGCCAACCUCGCGUAUACGACCACCGCUCGUCGCAUGCAUCAUAACCAUCGCAUUGCCGUUCAUGGUUCUUCGAUCCAGGAUAUUAUCAAAUCCCUUCAGCAGCGUUUGCCUGGCGUGGAAAGCCAGCCAAAGAUUCACAAGUCCCCGCCUGUCGCAUUUGUCUUCUCCGGUCAGGGGAGCUUCUACAGCGGCAUCGGCCGCCAACUGUUCGAGGGCUGUCUCCCAUACCGGAAAGAAAUCCAGCAACUAGAUGAGAUCUGCACGCUUCAUGGGUUUCCUUCCAUCCUCCCGUGCAUCAGCAGCCAGGGGACCGAUCAUGCAGAGGCCACUCCUCCCUUGAUAGCCCAGCUAGUCACCGUAUGUGUACAGAUUGCGCUGUGUCGCUUGUGGAAUAUUCUCGGGGUGACUCCCCGCGCGGUCAUUGGCGCGAGCUUGGGCGAGUAUGCGGCACUCUACGCUGCAGGAGUGCUUUCAGCGAGCGACGCAAUCUUCCUGGUUGGCCAGCGGGCUCGCUUGCUGCAGGAGCUGUGUACCAUGAAUAGCCAUUCCAUGCUGGCGAUCCAGGCCACCGUUGACAUGAUCCGCGAAAGCGCCGAAGGGAAACCCUAUGAAGUGUCCUGCAUAAACGCACAUAACAAUGUCACGAUUGCCGGAUACGCCCCGGACAUCGCUGACAUACAAGCAUCCAUGCAAUCACAGGGAUACCGUACCGUCCGACUAAACGUCCCCUUCGCGUUCCACUCCUCGCAGGUCGAGCCUCUCCUGGACCGGUUUGAUCAGAUUUCCCAGGCAGUCACGUUCAGGGAUGCCCGCGUGCCUGUGAUUUCUCCCUUGCUGGCAGACGUUAUCGCUGCCGGCGGCGGAAAAAUCAACAACUCCUAUCUCAGGGAGGCGACGCGGGCGCCUGUACGAUUUGCCGAGGCUCUUGAAAAGGCCCGAGAGAUCGGCCUGGUAGAUUCGAAGACCGCAUGGGUUGAAAUUGGCGUACACCAAGCUUACAGCAGUGCUGUACGCGCGGUAUUCUCGGGCCUAGAGGUAAUGGUGCCUAGUUUGAGGGCGGACGAAAGCAACUGGCAUACUCUGGCGGCGAGCAUGUCGGUAUUGCAAGAGGCCGGCGUUGCUUCGCUCAAUUGGAACGAGUGGUAUCGGCACUCGGAAUCAGAACUACGCCUCCUCGACCUUCCCUCGUACCGGUGGAAUCUGAAGAAGCACUGGAUUCAAUAUAACGGCGACUGGUUGCUGGUCAAAGACAAAGGCUCCAAUGGGCGGAGCGGUGCUGCUGGUCUGCCGCCUGCUGUGUCGUCCUUCCGCACCCCUCUCUUGCAUCACGUUGUAGAGGAGUCCUUCUCGCAAGAGGGCCGAGGAGUCGUUGUGAUGCAGUCUGAUAUCAUGGACGGGGAUUUUUUUGCAGUGGCUUCAGGGCAUCAAAUGAGUGGACGCCCAGUUGUCUCAGUGUUUGCUUACACCGACAUGGCCCUGUCGUUGGCCAACUACAUGUAUUCCCGGCUGCGCCCCCAGUCGCCGCUCCCGGCAAUGGAUUUCGGCAACGUGCGGAUCCUGCAAGGGUUGAUACCCCGGAAAGAUCGGUCCAGAUCGCAGUGGGUGCGGCUUCGUAUGGAGGCGGACCUGAAACGCUCGGCCAUGCAAUUCUCGCUGUCCGGGGUCCCUGACCAAGCCUCGGUGGGCGAGGAGGACCUGGCCACAGCAACGAUCGGAUAUGUAGAUUCCCCCCCCCAGAUAUGGACGGACGACUGGGCCGACUACGCCCAUCUGGUCACCAGCCGCAUCGAGACGCUGCACCAGCUAGCCGACCAAGGGCACGCCAGCCGGCUGUCCAGGGACAUGGUAUACAGCCUGUUCAAAAACGUCGUCGACUACGCGGAGCUGUACCGCGGGAUCCAAUCCGCCGUCCUGCACGGGCUCGAAGCCGUGGCGGACGUGGUUCUCGCCCCCAGCAAGCAAGGCAAGUGGACGGCGCCGCCGCACCACAUCGACAACAUCACCCAUAUCGCAGGGCUGGUUCUCAACGCCGGACACGCCACCGACCACAGCACCACGAUAUACGUCAUGGACGGUUGGAAGUCGAUGCGCUUCGCCCGCCCCCUGGUCCCCGGCGAGGUAUACCGGUCCUAUGUCAAAAUGAACCCGGCCGCCAGGGACACCACCUCCACCUCCUCCGCCGGAACAUACACCGGAGACGUGCACAUCCUGCACGGCAACGAGGUCAUCGGGCUGGUCCGCGCCAUGGCGCUGCGCCCACUCCCUCGCAUCCUGAUGCGCCGGUUCUUCGACCCGCCAGACCAACCCGAGCAGCGCUAUCCAACGUCGCCGCGCCAGCCGCUGCUACGCAUGCCGGCCGAGCCUCCACGGCUAAGUCUGCAAACGAGCCCGUCAUCCUCAUCCUCAUCCUCAUCAACCACCACCACCACCACCACCACCACGGAGUCAUCCUCGCCGCAAGUCAAACACUCCUCCGACGCCGGGAUCCUCACCCCGCGGGAAAACGACGAGGCCGAGCACCCCUGCUGCCCCGAAGCAGAGAAAGCCGCCGGGCGCGAGAGCAAGCUCGUGCGCAACGCGGUGGCGCUCCUGGCCGCCGAAACCGGCGUCGAGCUCGGCGAGCUCCACGACGAGACGCUGUUCUCUGCCAUCGGCGUGGACUCGCUGCUCUCGCUUGUGCUGGUGGAGAAGUUUGCGCUGGAGCUGGGCGUGGAGAUCCCGGGGAGUUUUUUUCUCGAGUCGCCGAGUAUCGCGGAGCUCAAGGCGUAUCUGUAUGUAUCUGGGUGAUUUUGCCGGUUAGGGGGGUGUUGUGCUCUGUAGGGGUGGGUGGGUACCUUAGAAAUCUUUUACAGAGGUAUAUAUGAUACUAUCCUGUUCUUUUAUAGAAUCUGGACAUCUUAUUAGGACGGGG